AUGGAAAAUGUUGGAGUCAACAACCGGCGUCAUGUCGAAAGCCAUGACAAUCCCGCAAAUUUGGCAAGUCCAGGAUGUACACCCACGGAACUUUUGAAUUCCAAACCACGACGAUCGAAAUCAAACCACUCCACUCAUGUCACGGAAACAAAAAGAGAACGAGGAGUCGAAGCACAUCCCUUCACCACCCCUAGAGGACUACCCUCAUUACUGGCCAAGCAGACCCUUGUACCCACGGCACUCAUCCGCAUCAAACAAGCAGAAAAAUGGCAUAAAGUCAGAGCCCUCAUCAACCCGAUCCAAAAAAUAACCACCAUCGGCUCUGACUUAAUAAAAAAGCUGAGACUGCCGAUAACAUACCUAAACGAACAUCGGAUUUGCCAUCUCGAAAUCGGAUCACUAAUUGAUGAUCAAUUGCGGCUUGAAACCCAUGCUUUGAUAUCAAAGGAUUUACCCACACGACCCUAUGAGCAGGACAUAAGCGACGAGGUUCGAAAACGUUUCGAUCACUUAGUCCUAGCUGACCCAUUAUUCACGAAGGCAAGCAACGUAAUGCUCGAACUUGGAGCCGAAUUAUACCCAAAAAUUACAAAAUCCGGUAUAUUUCAUCCCGACAAUGGCACAGUGGUCGCCCAAAACACCACAUUAGGAUGGAUCUUAACCGGAAUUUUAAACUAG